AUGUUGGAGGUUGGCCUCAUUGAUGAGGCUAGUCUAGAAGAGACCAGGAAGAAGUUUAGGGAGGCGAACAAGUUCAUGCAGGACCAGACAGCAGCUGCGGCAGGCGGUGUGCAGGGAGCUCCUCCUUCGGAUGGGCGUACCGAAGCCACUCGAGCUAGGCUCCAAAAGAAGCUCGAGAGCAGGCAGGCUGCAGAGAAGGCAGCUGCUACUGUGGAGGAGGCGGGGGGCAGCGCUAAUGGUAAGAAGGCCUCGAAGAAGAAGAGUAAUAAGAAGAAGUCAGAUGUGAGCAAAGCCAGCGAGGGUAGUCUAGAAGAGGCGAAGGUGGGCAGUACACCUACGGAGGAAACGCGUGGGGAAAACUCAAGUGAAGAUGAGAAGGCAAGAGUGAAUGAAGAAGGUAGUGGCAUCACUAUGGAGGACUCGAUAAACUAUGAGAAGCUGUUGUCUGUCGGACUGGUGGUCGCCGCUGCUGCUGUCGGAGGUGUUAUACUGUAUCGCAAGUAUUUUAGUAAGAAAGAGUGA